AUGCCACCACCAGCAACAAACCUAGCCUCCCUCCCGCCCGAAAUCGCCUAUCUAAUCCACCUCGCUCUCCGAUUUCACCAGCCUAUUUUCCCCAAUCCAAUCCACCCGCUUCUGCCAUGCUACCUUCAGCACAGGCGCCAACGGCCUCUCCAUCCUGCGCUCCAUUCUGCAGCGAAAAUGCGCUGCGCUAGAAACGCGCAAGGGCAGUUUAGGGAGAGGGAGAUUGAGGAGAUGUUGAUCCCGGUUGGGAUGGCGCUGGCAUGGUCGAUUACUUCUGCUACUACUACUGCUUCUACUUCUGCUUCUACUUCUGCUUCUAAUGCUACUGCUACUGCUGCUACUACUGCUGCUAGUGCUGCUACUGUUCAAAUGAACCCAUUGCUCUUCUGGAAGAUAUCUGGAAAGGAUCCGCCCCGUUCGGAUGGACGCAUCUGUCUGCUUUCCCUUUGGGAGUUUCCCCUAAGGGAUGAGCAGGUCACUGUGCCAGCAUGGCCCUUAAUGUAUCCCGUUGCGGCGUCCCUGGUGAAGCUGGAAGCCAUGCUACCAGGGGCAAGAAGUGGUGGCAGUGACAAUGACAACGUUCACGCCAAUAAUGGUGAUAACAACAAUGAUAAUAAUGAUGAUGAAUAUGUUCGAUUGCUAGUCAGGAAGGACAUCCUCAAAACGCUGCAGCCCACAAUACGACACUCUUGA